GUUGAAAACCUGUUCAUGUUGUUAGGCUUAGCAGUAGUUUUGCUAGGCUCGUCUUAGUCCCGCCAUGUCCGAAGCAACAAAUCGAGCAGGCCUGAGCAAUCAGUUGUCUUCAUGGUCAAACCCGACCGAACAGUUUUCCAUGAAAAUAAUAGCGACAUUUCUCGGACUACGGACAGAUGAGUGGCUCUUUUGGCCCGAUGUCUAACCCGGGCCUGCCCAAGCCACUCGCCGGUUGGGACACGGAUGAUUCGUUUCCUCGAUCUUCUGACCAUACUGCUCGUCUCAUCCCACUUCACCAAGCGCCCGAAAGUCGCGUUCCGGAAAGUGGGAAGCUCGUGUUUUUUGGGUGGCUUUCGCUUUUAACCAGAAAACGAGAAUAGCUGUCAUUUUUGUCGUUGUACCUUUGUAUUUCUUUUCGCAGCAAGUGAGGCAUGUCAAGGAAAGAAGACUAGGUUUAAGACCGUCUGCGUCUCUGUUUCGCCGGGAGCUGGCUUCAAAAUGCCAGCUUGAAGCAAGUUGUCUCCUCGUAUCUGCAGUUUGAAGAGCUCAAGUUUGGUGGUUGAAUCGUCUGAAUGACUCCUCACUGGAUAGGAGAAUCCAUGGGCAUUGAUAUGACUAAGGAGAGCAAUGGAAAUGUACAUGCUUCAGUGACUUGUGAGAACCAGGAAUCUACAGAGAUAGAUAUCACUAAUCACAGUAAUGGAGAUAUGCCUGUUUUCAUGCCUUGUCAGAUGCUGCAGGAAUGCACCGAGAUAGAUAUCACUGAUGAGAGCAAUGGUAACGUCUCUACUGCCGAGGAAAAUUCUUAUCUUCAGCCAGUUUUAUGUGAUGGAUCUGGUGAAGGUCUACCAUAUGCCCCUGAGAAUUUCCCUCUUCCCGGUGAUAAAUGGAGGUGGAGGGUAGGGAAGAGAGUGGCGAUUACUGGAGACUAUAAGGAUAGGUACCUUUACCUUCCUAAGAGACUCUGCUGCCGAGACCAAUCAUUUCGACAUCCCUUUGCAAGUAAGCUUUCAGUAGAGCGGUACAUCCGCACUACAUUCCCCGAUGCAGAUGUCGAUGCAUUCUUCGCCUCGUUUAGCUGGAAAGUCCCCUCAAAGAACCUGCUGUUGCCAAGUGGAGUCGUGGAGAGGCGCCCAUUCUUUACUGCACAUCACGAAGAGAUAGGUGACCAUUCCCAAUCAGAUUCUCCCUCUGGCGCUCUAAGAUGUAAGGCUCGAAAUAAGUUAUGCAGUAGCUCAAUUGAACAACCAGAGGAAGCCGCCAGAACACCUAUCCCUUGUGAUUUUUGCUGCAUUGAACCUGGGUUUUGUCGAGAUUGUUGCUGUAUUCUCUGUUUUAAGGUCAUCACGUCAGUUAAUGGAGGAUAUAAUUACAUCAAAUGUGAAGCAUUGUCCGACGAGGGUCAUAUAUGCGGGCAUCUUUCUCACUUGGACUGUGCUCUCCAAGCUUACAUGGCUGGCACUGUUGGUGGAAGCAUUGGACUGGAUGCGCAGUACUAUUGCCGUCGUUGUGAUGCAAAAACUGAACUGGUUUCUCAUGUUACUAGGUUCUUUGAGGCUUGUAAAUCUAUUGAUUCUCAGGAGGAACACGAGAAGGCAUUGAAACUAGGCAGCUGCCUCUUACAUGGUUCACUGAAUACCGGUGCUAAGAUACUGCUUAACCGUAUUCAAUCUGCUUUGACCAAGCUUAAAUGUGGGACUCGUCCUGAGAAUAUCUGGACAGAUGAAAGCAAAUCAGUUGUCUCCAGCAAUGGAGAUCCUUCUCUAGAAGGUACCCUGUAUCGGGAUGCUCUAGAUUUCAGGACACAUCUAUUGCCGGACAAGUCCAUCUCUUUUGAUUUUCAGAGUCCAUCAGUACAACUUGACGAUGAGAUUGAUCAAAUUCUCUGGUCACUGAGAAAGUCGCAGGAGGUGGAAUACAGAGUAGCAGAGGAACAGCUUAAUGCUCAAAAGAGUUACCUCCACAAUCUGUACCAGCAACUCGAGCAAGAGAGCUCCCAAUUGGCAUGUCAAAAAUUACCUGCCGACUCAGAUGACUUGCUGAACAUUGUGUUGAGUAGAAAUAACCAAAUAAAGCGGGAAGUUGAGAAACUCAAAGAAAUGAAGGAAAUAGCCAAGGGAUUUGGAAUGACGCCGAAGAGUAUCCUCAGAGGGCAUUUCAGUUUAGAUGUGGACACAGACGAAGCACGUGAAUGAUGUGCUUGUGAUUCGAGAUUAAUAGAAUGAUGACAUGCAACGGACUCGAGUUUCAGGCGAAGAAUUACCCUUGCCUGUCUUUUGAACAUAUCGGUUGACCGGGAAGACACUAUACUGAACUGCCAGAGGACGUUAUUUUGGUGAAAAAGAACUAUCAAUGCAGUUUGAGGACAAAUUUCUGGCUCCAGAACCAAGCUCUUCGAAUGAAUCUUCGGUAUCAAUAAUGGGACUUCCACGUAAAAGAAAAAAGGAGCAUGCAGAAAAACUAGUUUUUCGCAUGAGAAGAACAAAUGCAAAUUUGGAUGGUCAGCCCCCAUUUUCUCCGUCUCUCUCUGGGCUUCAUUGUGGAGACAUUCUGUUCAUGUACAUAAUUUUCCAAGGACAAUUAUGUGUACUUGUUUGUCCUCUAA